UCGAACGCAGAGCAACAUAUUCAUAAAAAGUGGUCUAGCCAACGAGUCUAUAGAUGUUUUUUUCGACGCGGUGGUGGAAAUUAUGAAAUAAUCGCUUACGGGUUGUGCUAAACGAGAAACGGCGUGAUCAGAUCCGCAGAUCUUCAGAUAUAUCAAUACUAUCUACACCAUAUAGAUCCCAAUCAUGGCGACCGAAACCACCAAAAUGAUCUACACGCCACCGCCACUGGACAUCAAAAUGGAAAUUGAAAUUGGCGAACAACCACAGCCACCGGUGAAGUGCUCCAACUUCAUCGCCAACCACUGGAAGGGAUUGGUGGUGUUCCUGGUGCCGCUGCUUUGCCUGCCUGUUAUGCUUCUAAACGAGGGCCCCGAAUUUCGGUGCAUGUACCUCCUUUUGGUAAUGGCUAUCUUUUGGGUUACGGAAGCCUUGCCGCUCUACGUGACGUCCAUGAUGCCCAUUGUGGCCUUCCCCAUUAUGGGUAUAAUGAGUUCGGAUGAUACUUGCCGCACGUAUUUCAAGGAUACGCUGGUGAUGUUCAUGGGCGGCAUCAUGGUUGCCCUGGCUGUGGAGUACAGCAAUCUACACAAACGCCUUGCCUUGAGAGUAAUCCAGAUCGUGGGCUGCAGUCCCCGCAGAUUACACUUUGGCCUCAUUAUGGUUACAAUGUUUUUGAGCAUGUGGAUUUCGAACGCCGCCUGCACUGCCAUGAUGUGUCCCAUCAUCCAAGCCGUGUUGGAGGAGCUGCAGGCUCAGGGUGUCUGCAAGAUCAACCAUGAGCCCCAAUACCAAAUCGUUGGAGGCACCAAGAAGAACAACGAGGAUGAGCCCCCAUACCCCACCAAGAUCACUCUGUGCUACUAUCUGGGCAUCGCCUACGCCUCCUCGUUGGGUGGCUGCGGAACCAUCAUCGGAACUGCCACCAAUCUCACCUUCAGGGGCAUCUACGAGGCGCGUUUCACGAACUCCACCGAACAGAUGGACUUCCCCACCUUCAUGUUCUACUCGGUGCCAUCCAUGUUGGUCUACACCUUGCUGACCUUUGUGUUCCUACAAUGGCACUUCAUGGGUCUGUGGCGUCCCAAGAGCAAGGAGGCUCAGGAAGUGCAGAGGGGACGAGAGGGCGCCGAAGUCGCCAAGAAGGUUAUCGAUCAGCGCUACAAGGAUCUGGGUCCCAUGUCCAUUCACGAGAUCCAAGUGAUGAUUCUGUUCAUUUUCAUGGUUGUGAUGUACUUCACCCGCAAGCCGGGCAUCUUUCUUGGAUGGGCUGAUUGGCUGAACACCAAGGACAUUCGCAACUCUAUGCCCACUAUUUUCGUCGUGGUCAUGUGCUUCAUGCUGCCCGCCAACUAUGCUUUCCUGCGCUACUGCACCAGACGCGGUGGCCCAGUGCCCACGGGUCCCACUCCCUCGCUGAUCACCUGGAAGUUCAUCCAGACCAAGGUGCCAUGGGGUCUGGUCUUCCUGCUGGGCGGUGGCUUCGCAUUGGCCGAAGGCAGCAAGAAGAGCGGCAUGGCCACGCUGAUUGGUAAUGCCUUGAUUGGAUUGAAGGUCCUGCCCCACUCUGUGCUCUUGCUGGUGGUCAUCCUGGUGGCUGUGUUCCUGACCGCUUUCAGCUCCAAUGUGGCUAUUGCCAACAUUAUUAUUCCCGUGUUGGCUGAGAUGUCGCUGGCCAUUGAGAUCCAUCCUCUGUACCUGAUUCUGCCCGCUGGCCUGGCCUGCAGUAUGGCCUUCCACCUGCCGGUGAGCACGCCGCCCAACGCUUUGGUUGCGGGCUAUGCCAACAUUAGGACAAAGGACAUGGCCAUUGCCGGAAUUGGUCCGACCAUCAUUACCAUCAUCACCCUGUUCGUUUUCUGCCAAACCUGGGGCCUGGUCGUCUAUCCAAACCUCAACACUUUCCCCGAUUGGGCUAAGGUCUAUGCCGCAGAAGCACUGGCAAACAAGACGCACUAGAUAGUUUGUAAUUAGUGUAAAGUAACUUCAAUACCCGUCACAGCGAUACGAUUGAGGAAAAUUUAGGGAAUUGUGAAAAAAAAGUGCCUUUGCUGACAGCGAAAAAUGUGUAAAAAUGUUUAACUAUCCUUGCAUUUUAGAGUUGCGAAAAGUUUUGAUACAAAAACAUUACCUAUUGUUUAGAAAAAUGUGUUGAAAAAUCGUAUCAGGAAUUGAACUUCUGGUUUACGCACUCAGCUAAAUAUUUAAAAACAAAUUAAUGUUACUUCAUUGUUGCAUUUAGCAUAAAAAUGGAAAAGAUUUGGUAAAAUUUUGAACAUUUUGUUCAAUGGCAGCCCUGGCUUGCUAAUAUUUUAAAUAACUAGACUGAGAGAACUUACAUAUUCAUACAUGUUUUUCAAUUUGUAAAAAAUUCAAUACGAACAACUCACUCAAUACUUCAUUGCGAACCAAAAUGAGCACACAAAUAGCGGUAGCCUAAGCUUAAAUGAUACUGUGUACAUUUUCAGAUGAUUUAUGUUUUAUAUAGUUUGUAAACAAUAUUAAAUAAUAAAAAGCUCAAACGACAAUAA